AGUGGGAUUUGUUUACGUGUAACUUUCGUGGCAAACGCUCCGUUGCAGAGUGAGCGGCACGGCCGAUUUCGCGGUCUUCAUUUCAGCCAAGUAGUGUUCAUUAUUUUGUACAAGUUCAUUUCACGUAAAGUUUUCGUUGCUGAAACAUCGUUCAGCACUCGUUUGCCCGUCCGUUUCGUAGUUGUUAGUGUAGAACACUCAAAAAGCGUGUGCAAUGGCGAAGCCCGUGAGAAAGUCAGCGACGAAGAAUCCGCCGAUUCUCAGCCACGAAUUUAUCAUACAAAAUCAUGCCGACAUCGUCUCUUGCGUGGCUAUGAUCUUUGUGAUCGGUUUAUUGGUUCCGUCUACUGCCCCAUUAGCUUCAAUCUUCAUAUCUCUUCAACACAAUGUUACUGAGGCUGGCGAGAUUCCUUUUUAUACUUCAGGCAUCAAGGAUUGGGCAGCAGUGUUUUUCUACAGCUUAAUUUGCAUUGUAAUUCAAGCCAUCAUUCAAGAAUAUGUUCUUGAUAAAAUUUCCAAGAAGUUCCAUUUGUCCAAGUCCAAGCUGGCAGUUUUCAAUGCCAGUGGUCAGUUGGCAUUUUAUUAUUGCAUCUGUAACAUAUGGGGCCUGAACAUCAUCUUCACUGAGAAAUUUUUACCAAAUAUUUCCAAUGUUUGGUCCGACUAUCCUGCAGCAAUGAGUUUUAUGAUGAAACUGUUCUUGAUUACUCAAAUAAGUUAUGCUCUUCAUGAAAUUCCCGAACUGUACUUCUUGAGAACCAAAAAAGAGGAAUACGCCCCAAAAACGAUUAGUGCCCUUCUUACUUUAGUGACCAUUGCUGUUCCAUACUUCAUGAACUUCAACCGUUUGUUGAUUUGCUUGGUGUUCCUGCACUACGUUAGCGAAUUCUUCGUUCAUCUUAUGCAAGUAGUACAGACUUUGGACAAGGAUGAUAAAUUCUCGAAAUUGGGUAGGUUUGUCAGUUUGUCGGUUAUGGUCGCCACCCGUAUCACCAGCAUCAUCCUCGCAACGUUGACCCUCUGGUUCGGUUUAUCGACAAGUGAACCCAAAGAAUUGGAUAUUGCCGCUGGUUACUUUAAUGUGCCUUCAAUUCGUUUAGCGUUGUUGGCAGGUGUGAUUGCUGUGCAAUUAUACUUCACUUGCGUUGUAACGCAUCGCGAAUUGCAAGCGGCAAAAGAAAGCUCCACUCCUUUCGUUCCCGUGAAACCAGCCAAGCAACAGAAGCAGAAGGCCAAGAAGGGUAAUAAACAAUUCUAAUAAGUUAAGAAAAACGAUGAUUCCGAUUUACCCGAAGUUGACCAAAAUACCAACAAGAACUUGAGGAGCAGAACAGCCAACAAAGCAAAAUAAGAUCAUCGUUGGCGACAUGUCAUGGAUUCUCACCGUUACAUGUAGACAUUGGAACUAAUUUUAAUGUUCUAUCAACAUCCAUUUACAUUAUUUAUAUAAAAUCGGAUAAUUAUGCAUCAAAUGUUUUUUCCAGCAAUAUGUGCAUUUACAAUGUUUUCCACUAAACAGAUGAAAUAUAAAAAUAAUAUAUUAUAAGCAAA